AGCAAUGCGUGUGUCUUGGGAAGCACCCUCUAACAAAUCUAUUGCCAACAUUCAAACACUGGACACUUUAUCGGAGUCUUUGGUAAAAAGGACAGUUAUAGAGUAUUUUAGUGUUUUCCCAAUGAGCCAUCCUACAGACGUGGGUGAAAUUAUAGCAGGAGUCGCAGCGUCUAGAAUUUUUCCACGGGACACAAUUGAAUGCGAAAAUCCAGCAAAAUUACCAACAGAAAGCAUUGUUACAGAACAAAAUUCAGUUCAAAAUUCUUCUUCGAAAAAGCAACAAGACUGGGGAACAGAACCGUCACCUAGAUGGCCAAGUGAUUGGGGGGCUGAAAAUCCAUCAAAAAGACAAAGCGAGUACGAACCAGAUACACCGUCGAAAACGACGAAAGAUUGGGGACCAGAAGCUUCAUCUAGAAAGCCAAGUGAAUGGGGACCUGAUAAUUCAUCUAGAAGGCCAAGUGAAUGGGGACCUGAGAAUUCCCCAAAAAGACCAAAUGAAUGGGAUCCUGAUAAUUCAACAAAAAGACCAAGUGAAUGGGGACCAGAAGCAUCUUCAAAAAGACACGUUGAUUGGGGGCCAGAUACGUCUUCAGACGGUCCAAGUGAAUGGGGGCCUGGCAAUUCAUCGAGAAGACCAAGUGAACAUAGGCCUGAAAUGUCUUCAAAAAGACCAAGUGAAUGG